AAUUACAUGUCUACUAAGAAAUAGAAUAGGCCUGCAGAACUGAACAGCUCAAUACAUACUACAGUGAGGUUCCAAUCAAUCGCUAACGGUUACACUCAUUUAUCAUUAUACUCUUGCGUGCCACGAGAUUAGAGCCCCACAUGACAGGGGAAAAAUGGCAAUAAUUACAGCAUUAACUGAUAAUGAUUCAGCUGAAAUUACCUUGUAACUGUUAUGGAAUUUAUGGUAUGGCAUAUGGAAUAAAACUGGAUGUGCCGAGACUACGUCCACAUUUGAGCCGAUUUGCCAGGACGAGGCGCGAGUGAAAGUAGAUAGUUCUUUCUCUUUCACCAAGCUGCGCACAUAUCCGUUGGAUGCUCACUUGCCUUCUUGUCAACACGGAAUCGACAAAGCCGUAACCAUGCGCUGGGUGUUGCUCCUCUGCCUGGUGGGCGGGAUAAGCUGCCACAGCACAGACGUCAAAGCGGAAGGUGGGCAGGAGAAGGGCAUCGUGGACUGGAUCAAUAGCUGGCUGAGCUCCACCACCAGUACCACCGAGACACCUGCCAUGGCGCCGAUGGUGGAAUGCCCUACUUGCCAGUGUGGAUUCACGCGAACGCGCAGACGCAUCGUUGGCGGAUACGAGACCAAGAAGAAGGAAAUACCAUGGAUCGCGGUGUUGAUGUACAACGGCAGGUUCUACUGCGGCGGCUCGCUGAUCAACGACUUGUACGUGCUGACAGCCGCGCAUUGCACAUCUGGAUUCCGCAAAGAGAAAAUGUCGGUGCGUUUCUUGGAACAUGAUCGCUCGAUGCACAACGAGACCAAGACGAUCGACAGAAAAGUGUCCCAGAUCAUCCGACAUCUACGGUACAACCCCGGGACCUAUGACAACGACAUUGCUAUGCUGAAAUUAAGUGAAAGGGUAGAUCUCAGUACAGCCUUAAAGCGUGUUCGAGUCGACGAGGUAGACGAAGACAACGAUAUAGGCCUCCGCCCCGUGUGUCUGCCAAAGCCCGGCCUUAACUAUGCCAACGAAACUGCUAUUGUUGCGGGAUGGGGGACAACUGAGGAGGGUGGCAGUGUUUCUAACACUUUACAAGAGGUUGAAGUGCCCAUCAUGACCAACAUGGAAUGCCGUCAAACCUCGUACAAGAACCGCAUAACGGAAAACAUGUUGUGCGCGGGGGAGAAGCAAGGAGGCCACGACGCGUGCCAGGGCGAUUCCGGCGGCCCGCUGCAUGUCCGCGAUGCCAACACUGAGAAACAUCAUAUCGUUGGUGUGGUCUCAUGGGGCGAAGGCUGCGCGAGGCCAGACAGGCCCGGCGUGUACAGCCGAGUCAACCGGUACUUGACCUGGAUCAAGAGUAACACCAGAGACGCCUGCUAUUGCGACUAACUGCUGUUUAACUAACUCACCUAAAUACCAUAACUUUACAGUGUAACUUUGAUGCGAUCAGUGAAAAAUUAGACUACAAACAAUGAUUUCUAUGUAUAAUGUUCCAUUUCACGAUGACCGCUUAGCUUUGGUUGUAGUAGUGAGUUUACUGAUAAGCAUUAACGCAUUUGUGUGUGUAUUGUAAACUGUUUGGCGGUUGAAACUGGGAGCCAACACAAUGGUAAAUGUAAAUAAAACAAAAAUAGUCAAAGGUCUUCCUGAAAUAGAACAUUAUGUACUGUGCACUAGAGAAUGGUCAUUCUGAACGCAACUGUUUUCUGUUUUAAAAGUUAGCCUAAAAACUGUAACAUAGACAACCCAAACAUUAUACAAUAGUUAAGUCUGUUUCCAUUUUUGUAUUAAGUUUAGUGUUAGAUGACCCAAUAAGAUACCCUGGUGCACGCAACUGUCCCUCUUUUGUUUAAAAAAUAAUAAUUGACAAGUGAUAUCCUUUUCUACAAUACAAAGAAAGUUGAGAAAGUAACAGACCUUAAGAUAGGUCACUUUAGUUUAAAUUAUGUGGAUAGCUAAAUUAUCAGCAGUGUAAUAUUGUUAAGAAAAAAUUAAUGUAUUUAUUCUAGCAUUUAUUAAUUUACAUAAGCAUAAUUAUUUAAAGAUUUGUAACUAAUAUUUGUAAGACUCACCUUGACAACUACAUUUAAAUAAAAUGUUAUUUUUUAAAGAAAACUGUUUUACUUAAUUAGUUAAGUACAGUAUUUA